AUGUCAACCACCACCACAGUGAUGGACAACAACAAUGGAUCAGUUCUCACGCCACCAGUGAAAGUGGGAAAGAAGUCAGUUACAGAGGACAUAAUGACAACAUUCAGCUCGCCAGCAGCAUGGCUUCUUGUUGUUGCUCUGAUUGUUACCUGGUCAGCAGUAGCUAUUAUAAUGUUUGACCUGGUGGAUUACAAAACCUUUGCAGGAAGCUCUGUUAACAAGCUCAGCAAGGAGCCACUGAGAAUCAUACAUCAGACCAUGGAAGAAUCCACUGAUUGGCUUUAUGGUUUUAUUUCUUUACUGUCUGACAUCGUAUCGACUGAUGAUGAUGACAGUGAUGAAGGUGAAGUGGAACCUCCGUUGAAAAAAAAAGUUGAAAUUCAUCCUGUGACCAAAAAAAAAGAAAUUCAUAAAGGCAAGCCUGAUAGACAAGAAAAACUUGAAAAAACAGCACCAAAAGUAAUUCACAAAGAGAAACCUGAAAAACAAGAAAAGAUUGAACGGAAAGAACAACCAAAAGUGAUGUACAAAGACAAAUCUGAAAGACCAGAAAAACCUGAAAAGAAAGAAAAACCCAUAGUUGCUCACAAAACCAAACCUGAAAAACAGGAGAAAGCUGAAAAAGCACCUCCAAAAGUGAUUCAAAAAGACAAACCUGAAAGAGAGGAAAAAGUUGAAAAGAAAGCUCCUCCUAAAGAAGAGAAGAAAGCGAAGAGCACCAAAGUUGAAGAAAAAGUUAAAAAGGAAGUGAAAGAUGGAAAAGCUGAAUCAAAGACAGCCGAAAAAGGCAAGCAGACAGAAGCAAAAGUAGAGGACAUUGGGUUAAUAAAGGCCAAACCGAAAGUGAAGGAGGAGAAAGCAGUGAAGGCUGAAACAAAAUCAGAAAAGAAAGAUCAAUAUGCGUUCUGUCGCUAUGUGAUUGACAUGUUUGCGCAAGGGGAUUUUUAUACAGGACAAAAGGAAACAGUGCCUCCUCAUCUACUUGUAGAACAAAAUCCAAGGAAGAAGCCUGCAGCACUAGCUAUUGAAGAAGAAAAGCCUCUUGCGAUAGCUAAGGAAGUGAAAAGAACAGAAGAGGAAAAGAGGAUAACCCAAGAGAAGAGAGCUAUUCCUGAAACUAAAAAGAAAGAAAAAGAAGAGGAAAAAAAGAAAUCCCCUGAGAAGGCUGUCCCUGAAAUAAAAAAAGCAGAGUCAGUGAAAGAAAAGCCUUCACUUCCACCUAUAAAGAAAGAAGAGACAGCAAAAGCUCCUGCAGUCAAACCAGCCACUAUAAGAGUAGCAGCACCAGUUUCCAAGACACCAGCAGCAGCUAAAACAGCAGAAGAAUCACCCAAGAAGGAAAAGCUGGUGGAAACUGCCAAACCACUGAAGAAGGAAAUACCUGCAGUAGCUCUAAAAGUACCUGUAUCUGUGGAAAGUCAUAAGGUAAAAGAAACCGGACAAGCCAAAGAGCAAGUUGUUGCGGUUUCAGCUAAGAAAGCGGUACCUGAAAAGAAGGAAGAAAAAACAGCGAAGGCUGUGGAGCAAGAUAAACCAAAGCCGAAAGAAACAAAACCUGUAAAAGAGAAAGAAGUGAAACCUCCAGCUGCAACAAAGGAUAAAGAGCAUGUCAAAGAAAAGGAAGUAAAGCAUCCUGCAGCUUUAAAAGAUAAAGAGCAUGUAAAAGAAAAAACUGUGAAGACUCCAGAAGUUCCAAAGGACAAAGAGCCUGUUAAAAGAAAAGAAGUGAAGCCUCCAGCAGCCUUAAAGGAAAAGGAGCCUACAAAAGAAAAAGAAGUGAAGCCUCCAGUUCUUGUCAAAGAAAGAGGGGCCACAAGAAAACAAGCAGUGAAGCCUCCAGUUGUCGUCAAAGAAAAAGAACCUGAAGUCAAAAAAGAAGAAAAACCAGCAAAACCAGCUCCAGUGAAAAGUGAAGGUGAGAAGAAAGAACCUGAAGUCAAAAAAGAAGAAAAGCCAGCAAAACCAGUGUUUUUAGAAGCCAAAAAGGUGAAAGAUGCUAAAGUAGUCCUUCAUCCUGCUGCUGAAGGCAAAAAAGUCGAGGCCAAACUACCAACUACAGUAGUGAAACCUCAUGAACACAAGCAUGAAUCUAUUAAACAAGAAAAAGCUGUUUCCCAUGCCAAACCAGAGGAAAAAAUCAAACAAGAAAAGACAGCUCCCACUGAAAAAUCAGUCAAGUCAAAGCCAGCAAAGAAUGAAGCUGUCAGACACGAAAAAGAAGUUCCACAAACAAAAUCAGCCAGAUCAAAAGUAACUGCAAAACCAGCAUCUGAAAUGACAGUAGCAGCGAAGAAAAAAACAGAAAAGGCUGCAAAGGAAAGAGAAGCAAAAACAGAGAAGAAACAUCCCAAAGAGGGAAAAGCCAAAGCAGUGCCAACAGUAAAAGAAAUUCUAAGACAGCACAACCUGACAACAGAGAAGAUUUCUAAAGCUGCAAAAACAGCAAAAGAAUAUGCAGAAAUAAUUGCCAUUAAAAAAGACAAAGCUCCAGUCCGCUUCUUCCAAUGUGUCUUCCUAGAUGGAUACAAUGGAUAUGGAUUACAAUUCCCCAUUACUCCAGCUCCCAGCCAUGAAAAGAGACCUGGUCAUUCAAAGACUUCAGGGCGGAAGUCAAAGACACCAGGACAGUAG